UUUGUCAUCGUGACUAUAAAAGUAACCACAACCUUUACCUUACAGUGGUGGUACAGAAAUGGAAAACUACCUGAAAGAUUUUAAUGUUCCGGCGAAACAUCCGUCGGAAGCGGCGUUGAAGAAGUGGCGUAACGCCGUCUCACUCGUCAAAAACCAUCGCCGGAGAUUCCGUCAUGUUGCUGACCUCGAUAAGCGAUCUAUUCACCAAAACCGAUUCUCCAAAAUCAAGGAAGAUCUUCGGGUUUCUUUUAUCGCCGUGAGGGCAAUGAUGCGUUUCAUAGAUGCUGGUGGUCAGCAUCGAAAUACUCAAGAACAUCACCAACCAGGUGCAGUAAACGUUUCAGAAAUCAGCAAAGAUCCAGAUAAACUUGCAGCCGUGGUUCGUAACUACGACAUGAAGACUUUGCGGGCGGUUAAUGGGGCCGAUGGAAUAGCAAAAGCAUUAAAUGUGUCGGUUAACGAAGGAGUCAAAUCUAGUGAAUUGUCUACCAGACAAGAGACUUACGGCUUCAACAAAUACACCGAAAAACCUUCCAAGAGCUUUUUAAUGUUCGUAUGGGACGCGCUUCAUGAUCUAACGCUUAUUAUCCUUAUAGUUUGCGCCAUUGUUUCAAUCGGUGUCGGACUCGCAACCGAGGGCUGGCCCGAUGGGAUAUAUGACGGGUUGGGAAUUUUACUAAGUAUUUUGUUAGUUGUCACAGUUACCGCUGUAAGCGACUACAAACAAUCGUUGCAAUUUCGAGAUCUCGACAAAGAGAAAAAGAAGAUUUCAUCUCACGUAACGAGAGACGGAUGUAGAAAAAAGGUGUCGAUUUACGACUUAGUUGUUGGAGAUAUUGUCCACUUGUCGAUCGGUGAUCAAGUACCAGCUGACGGAAUAUUCAUAUCAGGAUACAACUUGUUGAUCGAUGAAUCUAGCUUAACUGGUGAGAGCGAUUACGUUCAUACCGACGAGAAUAAACCUUUCCUACUUGCGGGAACCAAAGUGCAAGACGGCUCAGCUAAAAUGCUUGUUACAGCUGUCGGGAUGAAGACCGAAUGGGGAAAACUAAUGGAAACGUUAAGUGAAGAAGGAGAAGAUGAGACCCCGUUACAAGUCAAACUAAACGGUGUUGCUACAAUCAUCGGUAAAAUCGGGUUGUUGUUUGCUGUGUUGACCUUUCUUGUGUUGACCGUGAGGUUUCUUGUGGAAAAAGCAAUGCGUAACGAGAUUUCAAGUUGGUCAUCGAGUGAUGCUUUGAGCAUGUUGGAUUACUUCGCCACUGCGGUAACUAUAAUCGUUGUUGCGGUCCCAGAAGGAUUACCACUGGCUGUUACGUUGAGUCUUGCGUUCGCGAUGAAGAAGUUGAUGAACGAUAAGGCACUCGUGAGACAUCUUUCUGCUUGUGAGACAAUGGGUUCUUCGACUUGCAUAUGCACGGAUAAAACAGGAACGUUAACCACAAAUCAUAUGGUUCUCGAUAAAAUAUGGGUAUCCGGUGAAACAAAAGACGUUAGAGACAACAAAGGUCAUGCGUUAUCUUCCAAAUUAUCAGAAACCGUAUCAACGGUUCUUCUGCAAGGUAUAUUUGAAUGUACGGGUUCCGAAGUCGUAAAGGACAAAGACGGAAAAACUUCUAUAUUGGGUACCCCUACGGAAUCAGCGAUAUUACAAUACGGUCUGGAUGCGGGUGGUGAUUUCGACGCCAUACGCAACGAGAUUAAAAUGCUAAAAAUGGAACCGUUCAACUCCGCCAAGAAGAAAAUGUCGGUACUUGUAGCUCUCCCCGAUGGUCAGACACGCGCUUUUUGCAAAGGUGCAUCGGAAAUCGUGUUGGGAUUAUGUGACAAGAUUAUUGACGGCAGUGGAGAAACUGUACCGUUGUCGAAAGAGCAAACAGAAGUUAUUACUGAUGUUAUUGAGGAAUUUGCAAAGGAUGCUUUGAGAACCCUUUGUUUGGCUUAUAUGGAUGUCGAAGGCGGUUUUGAUAACGGAAACAACAUACCUGAAAGUGGCUAUACGUUGAUUGCUGUUUUUGGAAUUAAGGACCCGCUUAGACCGGGGGUUAAGGAGGCUGUUGAAAUUUGUUUAGCUGCUGGUAUAACUGUUCGUAUGGUUACCGGUGAUAAUAUCAACACCGCUAAAGCCAUCGCGAAGGAAUGUGGCAUACUUACUGACGGUGGAUUGGCCAUUGAAGGCCCGGAAUUUAGAACCAAAACUGCGGAUGAAUUGAAUGAAAUAGCUCCUAAACUUCAGGUAAUGGCUAGAUCAUCACCAACAGACAAGUAUGAUCUUGUAAAGCAUCUGAGAGGCAUGUCGGAAGUUGUUGCAGUUACUGGUGAUGGCACAAAUGAUGCCCCUGCUUUGCAUGAAUCCGAUAUUGGAUUUGCGAUGGGGAUAGCAGGAACCGAGGUUGCAAAAGAACAAGCUGAUGUCAUUGUGAUGGAUGACGAUUUCGCAACGAUUGUAAAAGUGGCCAAAUGGGGACGUGCGGUCUACAUUAAUAUUCAAAAGUUUGUACAGUUCCAGUUGACCGUGAAUAUCGUCGCUCUUAUGAUCAACUUUGUUUCUGCAUGCAUCACAGGGUCCGCGCCUCUUACAGCUGUGCAACUGCUCUGGGUCAACCUGAUCAUGGACACUCUGGGUGCACUAGCACUGGCUACUGAACCACCAAACGACGGUCUGAUGCAACGCCCUCCCGUUAAGCGUACUGACAGUUUUAUUACCAAGACGAUGUGGAGGAACAUCAUUGGUCAAAGCAUCUACCAAAUGGCCGUACUGUUCGUUUUCAAUUUCACCGGGAAGCCAAUUUUGAAGUUACAUGGGGAGAAUGCGACCGCGAUCCUUAAUACUUUCAUAUUCAACACUUUCGUGUUCUGUCAGGUUUUUAAUGAAGUAAACAGCCGUGACAUGGACAAGUUAAACGUAUUCCGUGGCAUGUUCAGCAGUUGGAUCUUCAUGGCUGUUAUGGUUGCAACGGUUGUAUUUCAAGUGAUCAUAGUUGAGUUUCUUGGCACUUUUGCAAGCACUGUGCCCCUAGACUGGCAACUAUGGUUGCUAAGCGUUGUGAUUGGAUUGGUGAGCAUGCCAAUUGCAGUUGUUUUGAAGUGCAUUCCUGUUGAUAAGACUGCUGUCAAGGAACAACAUGAUGGUUAUGACAGACUGCCCGAUGGCCCAGAGCGCGUUUGAAGGAAAGCUAAAGCGUAUACAUAUUCUACAUCCUGCUUCGAUUUUUCUUUGCUAUUUUCCUGCUGUCAGGUUUCAAGUAGUUGAAAGUCGGAUGGUAUAUAGCUUAUUCAACUAUCGUAUUUUGGUCAAACCUCAGGGACUAAAAUGGCAAUUUACUCUUGUUGAAAUGAAACUUUCAAGUUUUGUUUUUGCCCAAAUAAUAAGUUCUUUAUUAUGAAGGAUUUUGGAUUCUGUUCAUUGUGUUUUUAUUAUUUGUUGGUGAUUGAUUUGAGCUCUUA